UGACAGUCGAAGGACUUUGAACCUGUAUUAGUGUAUACAUUUGUCGUCCCAGUUUAUGACUUCAGAAUGAUAUAAAAUAGGAUUAUCCAGAUCUAUGUCCUGGCUCAGACAAAUGAGCGUCAAUCGCUCCAAUUCCCGCUUACAGGUCCUAAGGAAUAUUUUGAGAGAUGGUCCACAGAAGAAAGAUGGUCUCCUCACCAUUCGGCGGUGUUCCAGUCAGACUGAAGGUGGCACAGAGCGGGUAUCUAUAGGAGAUAUAUCCAUAGCAACCAGACAGCCAAGAAAUGUGGAGGUGGUACCCGUGCGGCAUCUACAAGAGAAGCCACCACAGUCAGUCUUGCACCACCUAAAAUGGAUCAUGCAGAAGGAUGGCCUUAAACAGGACGUAUUUCUGAUUGGCGGACCUGGUCCUUUGAGGAGACAAGUGGCCAUGAUGUAUCUGGAACUGACCAGACGGGAAGUGGAGUACGUCUCUCUGUCACGUGACACAACAGAAACCGACAUCAAGCAGCGACGUGAGAUCGUGUCCGGUACCGCUUACUACCACGAUCAGCCUGCUGUAAAAGCAGCCAUUCAAGGGAGAGUACUGGUGCUGGAGGGCAUAGAAAAAGCUGAAAGAAAUGUUUUACCUAUAUUAAAUAAUCUUUUGGAAAAUCGAGAAAUGCAGUUAGAUGAUGGAAGGUUUUUAAUGUCUGCCGAAAGAUAUGAUAAAUUGUUGACUGAUCAUUCGAAAGAGGAGUUAGAUACAUUAAAGUUAGUCCGAGUUGAUGAAAAUUUCAGAGUUAUUGCCCUUGGUCACCCUGUUCCACGAUAUCGUGGAAAUGCACUUGAUCCUCCAUUGCGAUCCAGGUUUCAGGCUCGCGACAUAAAUGCUUUGCCUUUUAAAGAGCAACUGGAAUGUCUUCAAGAGGAGUUUUCAGGAAUCGCAACAGAAAAAAUCUCACAAAUUCUGUCGUUUGGGGCUGCCGUAAAUUCCCAGGAAUCGUCAGCUCUGGGCUUGCCGGAUUUUCCUCUCUCGAGCGUAUCAGGUGCAGUGAAAAUGUUAAAGACAAACCCAAACUUAGAUGUGACAGAAGUAAUAGACAAACUCUAUCCAUUUACGGUCAUUCUAAACAAGGAAGGGAUAGCCUCAGUGAAAAAUCUCUUUACAAAAUUCAGUUUGAAACACAAUGAUAAGUAUGUUAAUAAAGGUCAAAUUACAUCUGUUGAAAACAAGAAUGAUAAUCUAGUAUCUAUAGGAACUAAUACGUCACAAAGUAUUGAUGUUAUAAGAGGACGUUUGGAAACUAAUGGAAAUAGUGAAUCAUUCAUUCCUACUCCAUAUCAUAACUCCGUUCUGGUUGAGUUGAUUCAAGCGCAUGCUGCUCAGGAUUUCUGUAUCAUUGGGUCACGUGGUUGUGGAAAAAGUAUUUUGGUAGAAAGGUUUGCUCAGCUUUUGGGAUACGAAUUGGAACCCAUUAUGUUGUAUCAGGAUAUGACGUCACGAGAUCUUCUUCAGAAACGAAUCACAGAACCAAAUGGUGACACCACUUGGAUAAUGUCUCCGCUGGUAGAGGCGGCUUUAAACGGUCGUCUGGCGGUACUGGACGGUCUUCAUCGUAUAAACCAAGGAUCGUUUGCAGUUCUCCACCGACUCAUUCAUGAUAGAGAGCUCCAGCUAUUUGAUGGAACACGACUGUUACGAAACGAUCGCUAUGAACAAAUAAAAAUAGACAAUGGGUUAACUGACCAGGAUAUGAAAGAUCGCCAGGUUUUCCCUAUUCACCCCUCCUUCCGAAUAGUUGCUUUAUCUGAACCUCCUGUUCCUGGAAGUGCUUCUCAGCAAUGGAUGACACCGGAAAUGUUGACCAUGUUCCUCUUUCAUCAUUUGAGACCAUUGUCCUUAACGGAAGAAAAGGAUGUUGUAACAAAAGUCGUCCCAAAGUGUCCUGAUUUGGGUAAACUUUUGAAUUUUGUGCACCAUCUUCGAAAAUCUACUGACCCAUCUUUAGUGUCGAUUUCUGCUUCGCUGUCUACACGUCAGUUGAUAAGAAUCGCCAGACGUUUAGCUAAUUUUCCAUCCAAAGAUCUACACGGCAUAAUUCAGAAAGCUUGUAUGUCAAGUUUUCUUCCUAGAUUACCUCGCGAUAGCCUAGAACAGACCAUGGAAGCUGCCGACAUCAAGGCGAUGCCAAAACCGGAAGUGGACACAAACAACAACCCAGAUCGUCUCAUCACGUGUUCAGUGAAGGAUGGGACAUUAACGAUAGGAGAAACCUCAGUUUCAGUGUUUAAUCCCGAAAAUAAAACCAAAGUCCCCGAUGUGCUCUUCUAUGAAAAUCCCCAGCAUUUAGCUGUCAUGGAGGACAUGUUAAAGGAUUUUGUACUGGGCGAGCACCUGUUGUUAGUGGGUAAUCAGGGUGUGGGGAAGAAUAAGAUAGUUGAUCGUUUCCUUCACUUAAUGAACAGACCACGUGAGUAUAUCCAGCUUCACCGAGAUACAACGGUCCAAACUUUGACCUUACAACCAACCGUAAAGGACGGCGUUAUUGUGUUUGAGGAUUCGCCUCUUGUGCGGGCAGUCAAAAUGGGUCAUGUACUCGUAGUAGACGAGGCAGAUAAAGCACCUACUCAUGUUACCUGCAUACUGAAGACCCUCAUAGAGUCCGGUGAAAUGCAUUUAGCAGACGGGAGAAGAAUUGUAUCGCAUAAAUCUGGACAUGUUUCAUUAGACAACACAAUCGUAGGCCAUCCAAAUUUUCGGAUGAUUGUCCUAGCAAACAGACCUGGGUUCCCUUUUCUUGGAAAUGAUUUCUUCGGAGCUAUGGGAGACAUCUUUAGUUGUCACGCAAUUCUGAAUCCUGAUAUGGAAUCAGAAAUGUCUAUGCUGCAACAGUAUGGCCCUAAUGUAUCCAAGGACACGUUGGAGAAAUUGGUUAAUGCUUUUGGAGAACUCCGAAAUAUGGCUGAUCAAGGCUUGAUUUCGUACCCCUAUUCAACCAGAGAGGUUGUCAACAUUGUAAGACACAUGGAGAAAUACCCGAAUGAUGGCCUCAGAACAGUCGUUAAAAACGUUUUUGACUUUGACGCAUAUAGUAAGGAAUUGCAAGAAACGAUAAUUAAAACCAUGCAUAAACAUGGUGUACCAUAUGGAAUAUCCCGAGCAGAGGUCAAUCUUGCCAAAGAAUUUCCCCUUCCUCCAUUUACUAAGGUGGGAACCUGGACAAUUCAAAGACCAGAAGCAAAACGGCGGACAGCGAUGAUGAGUUUGCCUGUUGAGACGAGCGAAAUUACCAUUAAAGGCCCGGUAGAAGUUUUUCCACAGUCUCUUGCUUUGGACAAAAAUACUGCGCGCGCAUCGCUCUUUACCGAGCAGGAAUCGUACUGGACAAUCCCCAUGCAUGAGACCAAUGUAAUCAGUGAUGUGUCAGUUACUAAGGCCACCAAUCAAACGACAGGGAAAUUUGACAUCGUUCAUAUUGUAACAGCUAACCCUAUUGGAUUAUUUUCAGUGAAUCCAAAGUUGUCAACUUGCUCCGUUAUUGAUCUCUACGACAUGUUCCCAUCAACAACAGGAUCCUACCGUCCACGAGUCAGAAUUGCCCCUCUGGCGGAACCUCUCGAUUCCAAUGUGUUUCUUCACGAAGAAGUCACUAACUCUAUCCUCGUUGUAAACUUUAAUACGGGUGAAGUGUGUAGGCUAUCGUCACAUGCUCUUCCAGAGAUGCCUAUCGAAAAAAGGCGAUUUCCCUCUACUGCGCAGACGCCUAACCCUUACCGGAUGUGCCCCAGCACCCUCCCAGAUGCAAAAGGAACGAUCUUGUUUUACAAAGAGGGUGGAGAUAAUAUUGUGGCUGUAACGGGAAAAUAUGCUCAUUCUGUGGACGUCCCACUAGUAAUCAGCAGGGCACAUCAAGCAGGCGCAGAUCAGUGGUUACUAAGCAGUGAUAAAGACGAGAAAUUUUUGGUCAAAAUGGCAGAAGAUAACUCAUUCUCUCUGUAUCCUAUUAGUGAAAGUGGUGAUAGUGCAGUGGUUCGAGAACUGUCGUCUGUUCCACUCAAUGACGCACAUUUAAAGCUUGCUCUAAAGAACGAUAACGUGGGGCCAAACAGAACGUCUGUGUUACGUGAUUCUUACGUGUCUAUUAUGCAGGGAUUUCCAGACUCGACAGCUGUUGAUGUUUAUAGUUCUCCAAGAGAACCAUUACCAGAAUCUAAAUCACAAGCAAAAGAAAUUAUUAGCACACCUGCUUUUGGUCUUUUCGGGUCAUCUUCUGCUAAGCCAGAAGUUAAUCCAACUAAACGUUCUCAUAUUGUUUGUCUUCCGGAAUCUGGUCAAGUAGUGGAAGGUAUGCCUACAUGGAAAGUUCCCGAGUCUGCCCUGUCACGCUCGGAGAGAUCUCGAGAUGUGAGCGGGUAUCUGGAGGUGAUAGACCCAGUAAACCACAUCCUACGUUAUAUUCCAGUCCCCCCUGCCACCCGCCAGUCGCCCUACCUCUCCUGGAUGUCGUCGAUUGCUGACUCGAGCUUAUUUGUUGCGCCCAUGAGCGAAGACGGCUUGGUAACAGUGGAUGUUGGUGGAUGCAUCCGAACGUGGGAGACGGCUCUUGUAAAUCUGGAGCGGUCGUUAAGGGAAUGGAAGAACAUGAUGGGUUUUGAUGAUGGAAAACAGCUUCAGAUAACCAAAGGACGAGAAAGUGGUCGGAAAGCAGACGGUCCCAAACACGGGAAAAUUGACCCAAAAAAUGCUCCUCAUCAUGGUGGAAACACUUGGGCGGGUGGUACUGGCGGUAGCAACACGGCAGGUCUAGGUGGAUUUGGUGGACCAUAUCGAUUGGACGCCGGUCACAAAGUUUACCAAGUUCCUCAGCAUGAAAAGGACUCAGUGCCUAAUCACGUGAGAGAAGCUGCGCGGGAUAUGGCGCGAAAAGCAUUCAAAGAGAGGCUUCGAGAAAUAAACAUGAGUGAAUACGACGCUGAUGUGUAUGAUGGAUUCUCUAAGAACGUUAGAAAUCAGGUCUCGUCACUGCGGGUUAUUCUAGAUAGUCUUCAGGCUAAGGGAAAGGAAAGGCAAUGGCUGAAAAAUCAAGCAUAUGGCGACUUAGAUGAUUCAAAACUAAUCGAGGGCAUUACAGGCGAGAAAUCUAUUUACAAACGAAGGGGAGAAAAAGACCCUGAGUUAGGAACACCUCAGGAGAAACCGAAGAGGAUCCGCUUGUUGGUGGAUGUCUCAGGUAGUAUGUACCGCUUUAAUGGGUAUGACGGUCGGCUCAACCGCGAAAUGGAGGCCACUUUAAUGAUGAUGGAAGCUUUGGAAAAGUACGAAGACAAGUUUAAAUAUGAUAUCUAUGGGCAUUCUGGCGAGGAUCAUAAAGUAGUAUUGGUAGACAAGGACAGAGUGCCCACCAAUAACAAAGAGCGUCUUAUUGUUUUGAAAACCAUGCACGCGCAUUCCCAAUUCUGCAUGAGCGGUGAUACAACGUUAAUGGCCACGAGGCAUGCUUCAGACGAACUAGCACAGGAAGAAGCAGACGAACAUUUCCUGAUCAUCCUUAGCGACGCCAAUUUCGACAGAUACGGAAUUUCUCCUAGAAAAUUUGGGGAAAUUUUGAAGAAAAACGAAAAAGUGAAUGCGUAUGUGGUGUUUAUUGGUUCCCUGGAAGAUCAGGCGAGUCAGCUGAUCAGACAACUUCCAACAGGACAUGCCUUCAUUUGCCUUGACACCACAAACUUACCACAAAUUUUACAACAAAUAUUUACCUCUACAAUGUUGUCAGGCAGAUAACGAGAGAGUUCAUAGUAUCUUAUUCGUACCUAUAAAUUACUAAUGAAAUGUGUCUAUAUAAAGUUAAUAAAGAUCACUUUUAUAUAGAUCACUUUUAACGAUGAUGUAACAAACAGACGUAUAUCCAUGAAUAUGAAAAUAUCAAUUGCUAUCACAGUUUGCUGAGUGAU